AUGGCUGGCGGAGAAGCAGCCCCGUUGCUCACGCCCGGCAGCACGCCCGCACGCACACGAUGGUCGGCCAUUAUUGCCGUGAGCGUUGCCUUUUUCAUGCUCUUUUUGGCCUUCAACUCGCUGCAAAACUACGCCACCUCCCUCCUGCCCGGCAGCCUGGGCAGUGAGUCCCUGUCGGUGCUCUACGUCUCCGUCUGCGUCUUUGUCUUCACGGCGCCGCACAUCGCCAAGCGCCUCGGCGAGAAGCGCACCAUGGUCCUCGGCUCGGUCAGCUAUCUCAUUUACAUGGGAUCCACCAUCCAUCCCAUCCGUGCCAUUGUGCUCAUCGCCGCCGUCAUCAUUGGCUUUGGCGCUGCCAUCUUAUGGGUCAGCGUGGGCUCGUACAUCACAAAGGCUUCUCACCCUAGCGAAUUGGGACGCACCAACGGCAUGUUCUGGGGCAUUUUCCAAGCGAGUGGCAUUGUGGGCAACCUGUUUGCCUACUUUAUCUUUGAGCAUCUUGACGGGAGCGCAAGCCUUUUUCUGGCCCUCACUGCUGCUGGCGGUGUGGGCGUCCUCAUCCUAUUCUUCAUCCCAUCGGAGAAAACCACAAUAGGUACCCGUGAAGGGGACGACGAAGCCAAUGAAGGCCCCGAGCCCUCCGUCAACGACGUGGCUCCCGCGACCCCCGCCGAGCAUCUGACCGUCUGGCAGGAGGUUCAGAAAGUUUUUGACAUCUUACUGACGAAUCGACUUCUGGCGCUGGGCUACCUGAUCAUAUUCACGGGACUUGAAAUGGCCUUUCGCAGCGGCGAAUUUCCCCAGUUGUUGCCCCAAAAGAGCAUUGGCAUGGUGUUGGCGUUUGCCGGUUUGGGUGAGGUCGUGGGUGCCCUGGGUCUCUCAAGCCUUUCAGACCGAGUCGGAUGCACGGCCCUCCUCUGGUUGGCCUCGCUGACCCAUGCGGCCUCCAUGGUUUUGGCCAUCAUGCUCAAAAAUUCAGGCCUGCCAGGGCCCGGGCCGGAAUGGCUUGGAGUGUCGUGGAUUGCGUACAUGGCGAGCUUUGGGUUUGGUCUCAGUGAUGCCCUCUUUAACACACAGUGCUACGCGCUGAUCGGCAAGAUGUUUGCGCCAGAACAUGCCGUUCGCGCCUUUACCGGCUUUCAGCUCUUUCAAAACAUUGGCUCGGCUGGCGGGUACUACCUCGGUGUACCGCUCCCCAUGCAUGGCGACAAGGGCUCGCUGGGCCAAGUCUGGAUCCAGCUCUUCCUUCUGGUCACCGGCACCCUCCUCUACACCUGGGCUGACCUUCGUUAUGGUCGACGCCCACCCACGACCCCCGAUGUCCGCCACGAGAUUGACGGAGCCAGCCUUGACCCCCACCCAACCAACACGAGCUCCUCGACCUAACGCCGGCUCCCUGUCUGCCAAGAAGCAGUGCACGUCGCAGAAACAACACACACACAUGCCUUGCCGGCAUGCGCGCUUACGCAAUUCCCGCUCUGAACUGGACUUUUCGAUGUAAACUGAAACAAUUGACACACUUUCGU